AUGAGCGUGAGCAAUGGAUUGCACAGUUCGACCAAUUCGAAUAACCCCAGUCUUCCUACAACCCCAAUGUCCCCCUCCUUCCAACCUCAAAACGAGCAGCAGCCGGCCUCGGUGGACUUGGAGCAAGAGAAAAAGCGCCGCAGACGAAGCCGUCGAGUGAGGCGUUUUUUCGCAACGAUUGUAAAUAACUAUAUCUUUGUACUUAUUAUGUGGAUCGCUCUCAUCGUGGAUCUCCUUCUCUCCUUUCUGCCGCUUUCUCUGUACGUGGGAGGCGCGUUCAUCUUGGAAGAUCUCUUAAACAUUUGCGGUGAAAACUGGAAGCGAAAAUCGGGAGUGAGGCGAAUUCUGUUUUCGAUCAUCGAUAUCGUGAUUCUCGCGGCGAUCUUCGUGUUCUAUUUCAUCAAUUUUACCAGUUCGCGCGUUGAUAAAAUCGUCGGAUCGGUUCUCGGUCUACUCAAGUUUGUUCGCUCGUUGAAAGUCGGACCACUCAGGCUUCUCUCGCGGCUAGCUCGUGGAGUAUCAGAAAACCACGUUGUCUCAUCACUUCCGCAAGCGAUUCAACCGAAAUCGAAACCAGCUGGGCGACAGCUCGUUGGACCUAACGUUCAUCACCAGUACGCUUCGCUUUGUGGCAGUCAAUCGCUAGACAACAUCAUCGCGAUGUCCUGGCCCGGGUCCUUUUUCGAUUCCAUGUGGCGAAACAACAUCCACGAUGUGGAGGGCUUUUUGAAUCGCAACUACAAGGGAAACUACUGGGUAAUCAAUCUCUGCGCUGAAAGCAGCUACUCCUCGUCCACCAUUCCGCCCUUCGGCAAUCGUUUUACGCAUUACUCGAUUCGCGACCACAACGCUUGUUCGCUCAACCAAAUCAAAACCAUCGUCGAGCAGUGUCGCGAGUUGUUCAAUCGCAAUCCCCUCAGCGUCGUGGCCAUUCACUGCAAGGGCGGGAAAGGCCGUACCGGAAUGAUCGUCAGCUGUCUGCUGCUGAAGAUGUCCGUCUGCGUGAUGGCUCAAGACGCACUGCUGUAUUUCGCACAGCGACGAACCACCAAAAAGACGGGGUUCUCGAUCAAAGAGCAGCGCGUGUCGAGUCCCUCCCAGAUUCGCUAUGUGUUUUACUAUCGCCACCUUCUCGAAAACGAAAUCCCCUCCUCGCGGCCGCUCUCUCUCAAAGCCAUCGCCGUGCACACGGAGGUGGGGAGGUUCAUCAAGAGCCACCAAUUCGUCGUGCGGAUCUACAAAAUCGUCUUCGAGCACAAUCUCCCCGAGAGCUCGCAGCUGGACGAACGGCAGAAGCGAUCCUGCUGGCGCUCCAUUCAGUCCUAUCUGCUGAUUCGAGCCGAAGAGGAACAGACCACGCAUGAUGAUUGCAUGUACGAAAACUGGGUCUUGCAGCGGAAAAUCCCAUUGAAACUGAGCCAGAACGGCGAUUCGCUUGUGGCUCGAAUCGAGGAGCCCGAGUUUGUAGAACUCGAUGGAGACGUUCGAUUGGAGCUCGCAGAAGAGGGAACGAUGAGCUCGUCGGUUUGUUUUGUUUGGCUGAACACCGCCUUCGUUUCGGAUCGCGAUUUCUGGAUGCAGGACUGGGAGAUCGAUCAUUGUUCCGGCUACGAAGACAAAAACCUCGGACUCCAUCUCUGCGUGGACGGCGACAAUCUCCGCGGAACGAUCAACUACGACAAGAUCCCGCAGCCCGCGAAGCCUCGCGAAAACAGCAGCGCGCGGCCGAUCGGAUUGCUCCGCGUAACACCGCCGCCUCGCUCGAAUCUGGGCAGUCCGACGUCGCAGCACGAGGGCAGCACGAAUCUCUUCAGAUCGCUGUUCAUGAGCAGCAGCUUCUCUCAUGAGAAUCGACACACGCCGCAAUCUGGCAGCGAUUUGGUAGCCAACGAGAUUCAUAUGAGUUCGCCAGCACUGCAAUCGCGAGGCUCGCAGCGCAUGUCAGAGCCGCCACCAUCGACAUUGGCGCCUUCGCGAGGCUCGCAGCGACUGUCCGAGCCGAUGCCGUCGGCGAAAUCGGCGUCGCCGAUCGAAGAGACGAUGGAGCGAACGCUGUCGGGGAAGCAGGAUGAAGGAGGGAAGGAAGGCGCGACGGCGAAGACGGGAAGAGGGUCGAAGUCGAUGAAGAUGACGAAGAUCGAGACGUUGCGGCGAUGCGGAAGGAGUUGA